UGAUCGUUAUAGAUGCCCAAAUACAUUGCCGGCGUCUAAACCCUGCCCUAAUUGGAACGGAAGAAAGAUUUCUCCUUUGGCACCGAGGUGAAUGAUUGAACCAUAAAGUUGAAGAUCAUGCACCGAUGUUUUAAUCCCUCUACUAAGAUGUUUGCGGUUGCCCCGAUUCUCGAUGAUGAUGAUGUGGAGUUAGUUUUUGAACUUGCGGUUUCCUCCGGUGUUAAGAAUUCUGUUGUUGAGCUUUAUUUGGAGAGAGUUUUCAGGGAUGAUUGGGUGGGAGAGAUGGGAGGAGAUGUUCCGUCAGGUGCUUUGGAUUCUUCGACUGUGCGUAGAGCUCCUUUGGAGAGGGUUGUUGUUAUGAGUCGAGAUGUGGAAAAAAGAGGUGAAUUUGUGGAAGUCAGUGAAGAUGGAGACGAGAGUGGUGGUUUGCCUAAGAAAACACCUUGUGAACAACGCGUGGGUAAUCAAGGGAAGAAUAUUACCAGGGGGGGAAACAAGGGCGAGGAUAGUUGUAAUCCUGUAUGUAGAGGUGUUGAAGGUUCUAUUAGGGCUGCAUCAAAUAAGGAGCCGGUUUUUACCACAAUGGGUGAUGUGCUUCAUGUAAUGGAUUUGAAGAAGGGGAUGGUGUUUGCAUCAAGGGAAGAGCUGGUUGAAAUUGUUAAUCAUGUUCACUGUCGCGAUUUUCAGCAAGUUAAAGCGGUUAGGAAGAAUUCGUGCCGUCUCACUGUGCACUGCAAGCGGAGAGCAGAUGGUUGUAUAUGGAGCUUGAGGGCAACAAAAAGAAAGAGACAUGGUUUUUUUGAGAUUAUGAAGAUCUGGGGAACCCACACUUGUGUGAACCCAAACAUCGCAGAAAACCAUACUAAUUUUAUGAUCUGUCCAGAUGUAGAAGAAGUACCCAAUUCCCAAGUUUUUGUUGAAUGUUAAUCUUUUUGUUCAAGGAAAAGGUUUACUAGGUAGCAGAGUCGAUGAAUGCUGCGAUUAUGUACCAACAAUAGCUUUUUUUAAUCUUGCAAAUUAGUCACUUUUAACUAGCAAGACAUCAGAGUUGCUCUCUGUUGGUUCUCCUUGCAAAUUAUACACUGAUAUCUGUUCUGUGCAGUGUGCACCAUCUUAAAACAUGUAUGUUUUUUUUGUUGUUGCUACAAUGAUCAAACAUGAAAUCUUGAUGGAGGCAA